UAUGCGCCAACGUCACUAACCGUCACGAGCCGUCACUCCGAAAUGUUUUAGCGUCAAAUUCAUAGUCACAUAUUAUGUUGAAUAUGCUUCACAUUUGGUAUAUGGCAUACGAGCAGCACCGGCGCGGUUUCCCAUAAUAACGGCAGGCAAUUCAGCCACGCGCGACAGGAGCGGGCAAGACAGGCGCAUGGCGCGCGCAGCGCUCAUGGCGCUGGCGUGGGCGGCGGCAGCCGCUGCGGCCUCGGCGGCGCGCUACGUCGAUUACUCCGGCGUCAAAAUGCCGCAGUAUGGCCCCGGCGACUACGACAGUCCUCGCGACCUACCACACCUCGCCGCCGCCGCCGAUGACUACCACGGCCAUUCGCCCGACGCAUCGGCUUCAUUAGACUAUAAGUUUGAGGAGGACAUUCACGGGAAAUCAGAGAGACCGCCGAAAGAAUCGGAUGAUCGGAAAUCCUGGUCGAAAUUUGCCCGAAGACAUAGAGAACUUGAAAGACUGCGAGACGAUGAAAAUUUAGAGACUUUAGAUAGGUAUGACCCGGAGCCUGAAGAAAUUUCAAAAAUUAAAAUUAAUCAUCGCUUGCCUGUGCUACGCACCCGACUUAGAAGCAGAAAAUCUAGAAAGGAAGGGUCGUCGCGUCAGAGAACGGUCAAGCACAGACUAAACAGAAACGAUCCCACUGACUCCGAUAUUGAAUAUAUUCAGGGGAGAGAGGCCACACAUGAGGCUAACGGGAAAGACAUCGAGGUCGGAGUGGACGGCUACAGGCACACUCCAGUAACGGAGAGAAUUAUUCGCCGAAAGCCUAGAGACCGACACAUCAGAGGUCGACUGGGCGACGACAGAGAAGAUGCAUUUGAGUCAAGUCGUCGAAUGACGGCUGACCGUAGCACGGAGCCAGAAUACUUGCUGCACGAUGAGGACAGAGAGAGGAUGAACGAUCGCGAGCACUAUCGACCCGUGCUGGAGGACGAGGACGCGGCGCUGACCGGCCGCAGGAGUAAGGCGUACGACAACUACGGCGAUUACUACGACAUGAAGAGGGUCCACAAUAUAAAAAAGAAACUCCCUACGUUGCUGCGGCGCACUUCAGCGAGGGUGAUGCCUCCGACGGUCACCAGCACCAACGUGCUGGACGCGCUGUGGACACACCGCCGAUCCGUUCCAGCGGCGCCGCCCGCGCUCGCCGGAGCCGCCCUGUCAGUCGUGCCGCUGCCUCCCUCCAGUGCGGCCCCUGUGGCUACUGCAUCCCUCUGGCAGCCCGCUAGCACUGUCUCCACAUCACGCGGGACCGUAGUCACGCAGGCAGCACAGAACAAUAUCUCGGCAGUGAUUUCUCUUGCGGAAAAGUCAAGACUUUCCAUAUUGAAGAAGGCGCAAAGAAAAGAGAGCGUGCACAAUGACUCUUCAACUGCGAAGCCGCCGGUGUUGCUACAAGUGACAGACAAGAGACUGACCGUAGUGGUGGUGGAGCCUCCGUCAUCAGAAGGGCCCUGGAUGAGGGCUCGUGAGGUGGCGGCGGACACUCCCGAGCGCGUGGAGCGCGCUAAGCGACUUAUGAGACGCAAGCUCGUGGCAAGGGCGCGGAACAUCCAGGAGUUGACGGACAACUGGGACGAGAUGGUGUGCGACUAUAUCGACGUGUCGCUGCUGGACGCCGGUCCGCUAGCAGUGCCCCCGCUGCACCACGUUCAGUUUCUGCUCGCGUUCGCGAUCCUGCUGCUCCUAAUGUGAUAGUUAUUUAUGUCGGAGCCCAAUCUGCUAAGUUUCUGUCCAUUAAACAUUAUUUCUAGACCAUGA